AACCAUCAUCUGUCAACGUAAACUUUCAGAACAAACACAUAAGUGCUGUUCUCCAGAAUAACUUUUAAGAUGUGGACGGAAAUAUCUGUUUACGUCGUUCUCCUUCUUGGAGCAUUUAGUAUGUACCUACCAGGAAGCAAUUCAGCAUUGAACCAAAAGAUGAAGUUUAGCAGCAACAAAGAGUUAAAGAUUCUCUCCCAGGACAUCUCAAGCAACGAGGAUUUCAGGAACAUGGAGUUCAAGGCUUUGGUGCGGCCCAUGUUGAUACCCCGAAUGCCUGACACAGAGAACAGCCUCUUUGUACAGAAUUAUAUCAAGACUCAUUUUCGAAACCUGAACUGGCACAUAGAAGAGGACACAUUCACGGACAAUACACCUUAUGGAAUGAAGCAGUUCAACAACAUCAUCGCCACAUACGAACCUGAUGUGAAGAACAAGCUUGUGUUGUCGUGCCAUUUUGAUUCCAAAAAUAUCUCUCAAGGGAGCAACUAUUUUGUUGCUGCCACUGAUUCUGCUGUGCCUUGUGCAAUUAUGAUGGAUGUGGCUACGAAACUGAAUUGUGCAUUGAUGCGAAAUAGGCAGACUAGAACAAAGAGUCGUGCUGAGGAUGUGAGCAUUCAGAUGAUGUUCUUUGAUGGAGAGGAGGCAUACAACGAAUGGACGGCAACGGACUCACUGUACGGGUCUCGCCAUCUUGCAAAGAAGCUUGCUGAGACUCCAGACGAGCAUUUUCCGGACAUAAUGCGGCUAGAUACUGUGAGUCUUUUUGUUCUGCUAGAUCUGAUCGGCUCAAAUGAUGUUGUGUUCCGCAACUUCUUCCUCAAUACGGACGCCCAGUACCAGUUUCUUCAAAAGAUAGAAAAGUCCUUGAAGAAGCUUGACCUACUGAAUCCAAAGGGCAAAAUCAUCAACGGAUUAGAGAAAACCCUAUUUUCUUCUGCAAGGCCAUAUGGGGGCAUAGAGGAUGAUCAUAAACCAUUUCUACAAUACAGGCCAGAUUUGCCCGUGCUACAUUUGAUCUCUGCUCCAUUCCCAGCAGUGUGGCACCAGAUGUCAGAUGAUGAGUCUGCUAUUAACUGGGAUGUGACUGACAACUUUAACAGAAUCUUCCGGAUAUUCGUGGCCAACUACCUGAACCUUUCAGCUGUCAGUUGCAAAAACUAAGUGUUGUGUAUUUGAUGCACAUGUUAUAGCUUAUGGUUUUUGUUUUUGUAUCACUAUGUCAAGUCAUAUCUUUAAGAUCUAUAAUUUUUUGAUGGGUUUAUAAAAGAAUAUUUAUUAGCUCGGCUGUUUUCGGAGAAAACCCGAGGUAUUGUCAUAGCCAGCUCAUCAUGUCGUGUCCGUCGUCGUGUCGGCCGUCUGCAAAACCUUAACAUUUUGUUAAGGUUUUGAACAUUGGCUCUAAAAUCAAAGUGCUUCCACCUACAACUUUGAAACUUCAUAUGUAGCUGCACCUUGAUGAGUUCUACACGCCACACCCAUAUUUGGGUCACUAGGUCAAAGGUCAAGGUCACUGUGACCUCUUACCAAAAAAAAAUUCUGACAAGCUUUCAUUUCUUCAAAAAUGCACCCGCAGCCAAGCAUGGCACCCGUUAUGCGGUGCUCUUGUAUAUUUAUAUUAAUACAAAAUUUCUUACAAUUUCUCUAUACAAUUCAAAAGAGAUAAAAUAGUAGCAAAAACUUGGUACAAAUAUAUUCUUAGCAUUCUCCUUCAAAUACUGCCAUUUAAUUUGUAUUAUUGGAUGCAAUGGUUUGUAAGAAUAUUUAACUGUGCAGUGAAUUAUUUCAGGAUAAAUAAAUAAAUAUGCAUUUUCUUUUUUGGGAAUAAUUAACAUUCCUAUUAUCGCAUGUUAUAGUUGUUGUUGUAUAUGAUAUUUGUCUGUUUUGUUGUGGAAGUGUUGUAAUGGAUUAAAAUGGUAUUUUUCAUCUACAAACACUUUAAGAAUUAGAUUGAUAUUUAAAUAUUCAUUUCAAUCAGGCACAUGUAUGAUUUAUCUACGUGGCUUUGUGUACCAAGACAUCAGAUGUGUAAUAUUCUUUCAUAACUGCAAUAAUUUUAAGAAGGUAUAUCAUGCUGCAAAUAUUGUUCUUCCAUUAAGUUUAUUUCAAUUUUAAUAUGUGUGUUGCUUGAUUACUGUUUGAGUGAUGUACACAUUAUUAAAUAUGUAUUGAUGUGAAAAAACAUGGAGUUUAUCUUUAUCUGAAGAUUAAUAGGUAAAACUUGCACAUUGUGUUUCAAAGAUCUGAUGAUUGUUUGAUCCAAUCUAACACCAAUCAGAAUUGCUCUUGAAAAGUGAAGGUUGGUGCCAAUUUUUGUACAGGAGAGGGGGAUGUUCAAGGGAUGAAUUGUAGAGAUGUGAUUUAUCUUUAAUGGGGCAAUGUUUUCAUUGAUUUAUGUAAGAAAUUGGCUUGUACCAAUUUCAUGGAUAAUUAGCCUUUCGUUAAAUAGUAUCAUUUGUUGUUGUUGUUUUGUUCAUUGUAUCAUGUAUGCAGGUCAUAUUAUGAUGAUGUGUUACCAUUCUAGCCAAUCUCAUUCAUAUGAGCAGCAUUCUUGGGAAACUGGGCUUAAUGCAUAAUUUUAUAGUGUCCCAGAAUAGCCUAAAGCAGAUUUUCAUUCAGAAGAGAAUUUCUUUUAAUGAAAAAUGUAAAAAAAAAAAGGAAAGUGUUGUUGUUGAUUAGAGUAACCCUGGGUUAUAACUUAUAUCGGACACCUCUAGGAAAAAGAAAGCGAUGACUCACUAUUCGAAGCGGAAUGCAUUUGUUUUCUUGGUACAGUAGCUUUCAUGCAACAGUAUGGAAAUGUUCAAAUCUAUUUUAAAUCUUUUAGUCAACCAAUGAGAUUGCACUUUAUAAUAUCGACACAUCAGGGUAAAACCGGGCUUCCCAAGGCUUGUAUCGGACACUAAAAAGGCUUAAAUCGGACAGUUGUUAGUUGUAUGUAUUUCCUUUGUUGGGCUAAAUCGUAAAGUUAUUUAAGCUGUGAAAGUCUAUACAUCGGUGAAUUUGUGUUUUGUAGUUAUACUUUAAGUAUAUAUUUGCGAAUAUUUGCGCAUAUUUACAUUGCAUACCCUUUCCCUGUUUGGGCAUAUCUGAAAAGCGUGCAUAUACAAGAUAUACAUUGUUAUUUAUUUAUUUUUAUUUGUAUUUUAGUUAAUGGUCCGUUUCUUCCAAUGUCUCUAUUUUGCAACGAAGCCAUAAUGAUUCUUGAGCUCAUCUAAUAGAAGUAUAGAAAACACACCUAAGUUCUAUAGGUCUUUCCAUAGUUUGGUGUCCGAUAAACCCCGAUAGCAUUUUACCAAGCAUUUACUUCCUGGGGAUUAUCGAACAGUUUAUGUUUUGUUUUUGUUUUUUACAAUACAUGUAAUGUUUGUAAUAGUUUUAUUAUGUUUUUCAGAGAUAAAUAUAUAUUAGUUAAAAUAUUUUGUUUUCUCACAACAAAAUUCACUCAUUUCACAACGUUCCCGAUUCUCGGAUUUCCGCCAAGGUGGAGAGGGGAUGUCUCUCCAAACGAACUCGCAUCUUCCAAUCAAAAUCACCAAUUUAUUCCAUCACCCAAUUGGAUGAUUGGUUACAUAAUACUAUGAAUACAUAUUUAUAGAAUGUAAACAAAGCUCAAACAGUUGAACGCAAGGUCAUUUUGUAUGUAAAUAUCCAACUUUUUGUGGUUGUCUGAUAAACCCGUGUGUCGGAUAUAAUCCAGGGUUACUCUAGUCUGUGCAAACUGCACAGGCUUAUCUGUGAUUACACUUAACGUUAUUCCCAGUUUUCCCAGAAGGCAGCUUAUACCCAGUCUGAUACUUCUACACUAUUCAUUGACUGACACAACUAAUCAAGCAAUCUUUAGCAUUUCAUUUCACUGAGAUUGCUGCUCCAAGCAAAUGAAAAUUGUGUAUUAUUAGUAUGGGCAAGUCUUGUGAGAUCAUUUUUCAUAAUCCUUUUUGCAUAUUGUUGUAUAAUAAAUAUGUUAACACAGCUUACUUAGCUAGGGUAAGGUAAUUGAAUUUGUUGUGUCUAUGCAGCAAAAAAAAACUUAGUUUUAUUUAAUGUAAACAUAGUAGUGUGUAUUAAAGUAUUCUAGUAUGUAUUAUGUGUACACUGUAACUGCCAAAUUUAUUACCAUGGCAUGUGGUGUUGUCAUUCGCAAAUACAUGCAUGUAAACAGUACUGUAUUGGUAAUGGUAAACCUAUUGCUAUUUUAUGCCCCCUUCGAAGAAGAGGGGGUAUAUUGUUUUCCUGCUCAGUCAGUCUGUCUGUCUGUCUGUAGGUCUGUCUGUCGGUAGACCAGUUCGUUUCUGAUAAAAAACUCAUCAACGAAAUUGACUGAUUGGCUUGAUACUUCACAUAUGCAUUGGUCUUGAACAGUAGAUGACCUCUAUUGAAAUUGAGGUCACUAGGUCAAAGGUCACUGUCACAAAAAGUGAGAAAAUCGUUUCUAAUCAAUAACUCGUCAACAAAUUGACAGAUUGGCUUGAUAUUACACAUGUGCAUUGACCUUGGGCAGUAGAUGACCCCUAUUUGAAUUGGGGUUACUAGUUCAAAGGUCAAGGACACUGUGUCAAGGCCCUAUUUGGGGGGCAUCAGUCUCCAACCGUGGAGCUCUUGUUAAUGUGUGUAUCUUUCUGAUUAUCUAGUAUUAUUACAGAAUUAAUAAAAAAAUUAAUCUGGCCAUUUUUGACAAUAAAUCUGUUUAAGAAUUCCAUAAACACAAACAUCCGCCAUUUUUCAGAAGUGUCUAGUAUACGUUGGAUUAUUGGACAGGGCUUUCUGCUUUAUAACGGAGCAUGUUAUUUUAUAUUAACAUUGUCUUAUAGUACUACGCUUGUCUUUGUUUUGAAUAUAAACUGAAGAAAAAUAUAUAAUUUUACAAAUAGUAGAUGAAAUCAUGGACUGAAGACAGAUGGAGAUGGUGUAAACAAAAUAUGAGAUUUCUGUUCAAUACUGUAUGUUUAUUCUGCAAUGUUUUAAAAAGUUGUUUUACUUUAUCAAAAAAAGACACCAAAGAAAAGCACAAAACUUAAGCCAUAUAUACUGGUAGAUAUGGUUCAACACAAUGAAAAAAUACAUGUUUACAUUAAAAAUAUUUCAAUAGGACAUUUUUAUAUACUGUAUAUAUGAAUUAUAUAUUUCUUGUGCUAUUAAAUUAUUUUGCUUACUUGUAAGUGUGUACAUAUCAGUUAUAACAUUAAAUUGCUAUUCUACUUAAUUCCAUUAUAUAGUUGUUUAUUUCAGGUUACAUCUAUUUAAAUGGCCGUUUUUACCAAUCUAGUCUUAGACAUAAUAAUAAUAAAUACUUUGGCAUACAAAAAAUCAUUUCCCAUAUCUAUUCUUUAACUAAAGAAAACAUUAAUAUUUUGCACACACCAAGUUAAUAAUGUCAAUAAUGCAUAUUGGGGCCCUGGAAUAGUGUCCCUGAAAAAUCUUUAGUUUAUCUUAACUUAUUUGAUUUAUGUGUGAACACUUAGAAAUAUUCAAAGCUUCCAAUAAAUGUGUGAACCUUUGCCACUGUUAAACAAACAAGUAAUUACUUAUUAAGCUGAGAGUUCAUGUAUACAAAUCAAAAUUAAAGACACAAGUUCACUUAAGUUUUCAUAUGACCAUUACUUAGGCUCAAGAGGUCAUUGUCGGCUCAGGUAGUACUUAAAUGUACCACAGGUACUCAUAAGUAUACUUAAAUGUACCCCGGGUACGGAAAAUAUACUGAAACGUACCCAGGAAUUCUUACGCUAAAUUGGUCGUUGUCAAUUAAUUUUUUUGAUUUAAUUAUGUCAUAUUUAUGUCAAUAGUCCGUAGAAUGGCCUCUAUAUUAUCGAAACUCCUACUCAAUGAAGCAUGUUGGGGCAGGUUUUGUUGAAAGAGAAUUUGGUUUUGUAUUCUGCAGCACGUUUUACAACUUGGACUUUUGGUCAGGAAUAAACUUGGGUACAGUCUAAUUUGGCCGGGUAUGUGUUAGUAUAUUUUCCAUUCCCGAGGUACAUUUAAGUAUGCUUAAGAGUACCCCGGGUACAUUUAAGUAGUAACUUAGCCAACAUUGACCAAUCGAGCAAUUCUUACCAAUCAAUUAAGAAACUUAGUUUGUUCUCAGUGUUUAAUUGUUAUAUAAUUCAGAGCCAUUAUAUUUUUGAGGCAUGGUGACCAUCUUCACUUGUGUAGAAAUUUUUCAUAUGAUAUGCAGUUAUGAUAUGCAGCUUUAUUGAUUAGGUAGAAAGGCUUUAUUUUAUAUAACAUGUUCUUGUUAAUGUGAAAUAUUGAGCAAUCUUUUUCAUUUUCAUUAUUAUGUAAUAAGUAUAUAUUCAAAGAUUUAUACAAAACUUUAAAUUUAACUUUUUAUGUCCCCCACUAUAGUAGUGGGGGACAUAUUGUUUUUGCCCUGUCUGUUGGUUGGUUGGUCUGUUGGUUGGUUGGUUUGCGCCAACUUUAACAUUUUGCAAUAACUUUUGCUAUAUUGAAGAUAGCAACUUCAUAUUUGGCAUGCAUGUGUAUCUCAUGAAGCUGCACAUUUUGAGUGGUAAAAGGUCAAGGUCAAUGUCAUCCUUUAAGGUCAGAGGUCAAAUAUGUGGCCAAAAUCGCUCAUUUUAUGAAUACUUUUGCAAUAUUGAAGAUAGCAACUUGAUAUUUGGCAUGCAUGUGUAUCUCAUGAAGCUGCACAUUUUGAGUGGUGAAAGGUCAAGGUCAUCCUUCAAGGUCAGAGGUCAAAUAUAUGUGGCCCAAAUCGCUUAUUUUAUGAAUACUUUUGCAAUAUUGAAGAUAGCAACUUGAUAUUUGGCAUGCAUGUGUAUCUCAUGGAGCUGCACAUUUUGAGUGGUGAAAGGUCAAGGUCAUCCUUCAAGGUCAGAGGUCAAAUAUAUGUGGCCCAAAUCGCUUAUUUUAUGAAUACUUUUGCAAUAUUGAAGAUAGCAACUUGAUAUUUGGCAUGCAUGUGUAUCUCAUGGAGCUGCACAUUUUGAGUGGUGAAAGGUCAAGGUCUAGGUCAUCCUUCAAGGUCAAAUAUAUGGGUCAAAAUUGCGCAUGUAAUGUCACUUCUGCAAUAUUGAAGCUAGCAAUUUUAUAUUUGAAACGCGUGUGUAUCUCAAGGAGCUGCACAUUUUGAGUGGUGAAGGGUCAAGGUCAAGGUCAUCCUACAAGGUCAAACAUCAUAUAGGGGGACAUUGUGUUUCACAAACACAUCUUGUUUUGUUUAACAUAGCUUUAAAUAUAUUUUGGAGUGUAAUUUUCUUUUAUGUGAAAAUAGGCCAUAUGCAUGUGAGCUAUAUUUAUACUGGUGAAAGACCUAGUUAUUAUCAGGGCUGAAAACAUAUUUACACACAUUUCAAGUAACUUUACAAUUCAAUCAUAUAUGUUCAAACAUGAAUGAAUGUAUGAAUAAUAGUAUUGUAAUACAAUUGAAUGCCACUUACUGUAACCACUGUAGAAUUUUGUGAAAUUUAUAAAAUGUUGCAUAGGGUUUGAUGGAUCAGGGUUUCUCCAAUAAAAUGCUAUACUGCAAUUGAGCAAAAUACAUGUAGUAUGAUAUUUAUAUAGAUUGGCAAUAUUAACCAUAUAGCUGACAUUUAUACCCUGAUAUAUUAAAAUAAUGUACCUGUACUGUAACCUAAGUUCUAACUUGUAAAGUGUAUGCACGAAAUAGUUAGGAAACUUGUGCAACAUAGAGUCUACUUAUACUGGAGCAAACCUUAGAAUGGUAUUGUGUGCCAGAGUUCAUGAGUGUCAGUUGAAUCUUGUUAAGAUCGAUUUGGUUACAAGUUGCAAUAAAAUUAUAUUUUGGUAAA